CUAAUCUUUAGCGACCAUACCGGUACUCCAAGGUCACAGUAUACCGGCGCUUUCAGUGGAUCCGCUACUGAACAACUGGACUCAUUGCAUCAUUUCACCCAGUCGGAGAGCAAAGCUGCGCAAGUGGGGUGACAAGAGUGUCAGGUGGACAAGAGGCCGGCUACAACACGAACCGCUAUAAGCUCUCGAGCUUCUCCUCUCACUGGCCGGCCAUCAUGGCGAUGUUCGAACGACGCGGCUCCAUAGAAUCUUUCGAUCGAUGGCGAGCGCAAUCACCAACCGGCUCAGAACGCCGGAAAUUAUCUUUCAACCCAGUGGGAGAAUGGACUCCACCUGCAGAACAAAUCGCGAUCCCGAUUCCGGCAUUCGAAGUCAGCAAGACCAAGAGAAUAGCACAGGUUGCCAUUGCUGUCGUAUACUGCUUGCUGGCAGCUGGGAUUGUCUUCGGCUUUGCGGCCAUCAAGCCAGUCUUGAUCGCUGAAGGCGUCUACAAGGAGCAAUGCACAGAUCAAGAGCUUGAGGAUGGAGUGUGGGUGUGUUAUGGACAAGAGGUGCGGCUGAAUCUCAUGUUCACGGUGGCGGCAGUCAGCACGAAUGUUUGUGCUCUGCCCGUCGGCACAAUUCUCGAUCGCUUUGGUCCACGCGUCGCAAGUAUUGUGGGCGUCGUUUUCUUGUUCAUGGGUGCGCUUUUCAUGGCAUUCGCUGCGGAUCUUGCGCAGUACAUGGACGCAUACAUUCCUGGCUAUCUCUUCCUCGCACUCGGUGGUCCAUUCGUCUUCAUCUCGUCAUUCCAGCUAAGCAAUACCUUCCCUCGGCACUCGGGAUUGAUCCUUGCCCUUCUCACAGGAGCUUUCGAUACCAGCAGUGCCGUCUUCCUUGAAUACCGCCUCAUCUUCCAGAGCACGAAUGGUACUUUCAACACGAAGAAGUUCUUCUUGAUCUAUCUCAUAGUGCCGGUGUUUAUCCUCGUCGCCCAGCUCCUCAUCAUGCCGUCCAUAUCCUACAAGACAGUUGGCGAGCUCGUGCAACAGGUCGAGGACCAGGAAUCAGUCCAUACUUCUGACGAUGAGAUCUCGGAUGAUGAACAGCGACUGUGGAUUCAGAAUCGACGCCACGACCAUCGCGAGAGUAUGGUGUCGGAAGUCACUUCACUACUCGGGUCCAAGUCGGCUGAUGGACAAGCGAAAGAGGACGAGCAAAAGGCGCAGCGAAGUGGGGUAUUCGGAGCUUUGCAUGGCAAGACGGUUCUGCAGCAGAUCGCAAGUCCAUGGUGGAUCCUGAUCACCAUUUUCACGGUCGUGCAGAUGUUGCGCAUCAACUACUCCGUGGCCACGGUUCGCACUCAGUGGACCGAGAUGCUAGGAUCUUACGAAAAGGGCGUCAAGAUCAACGAGUUCUUCGAUGUGGCUCUGCCUUUGGGUGGUGUCAUAUCGGUCCCAUUCAUCGGACUAGUUCUGGACCAUACCAGCACACCUUUCGUCCUCGGCCUGCUCGUCAGCAUGGCAACCACGAUUGGUGUCUUCGGCGUCAUUCCUGAGAUGUGGUCCGCAUACGUCAGCAUUGUGUUGUUCGUCGUGUACCGGCCCCUCUACUACACAGCUGUCUCCGACUACAGCGCCAAGGUUUUCGGCUUCGAGACUUUUGGCAAAGUAUAUGGGUUGAUCAUCUGCUUGGCGGGCGUCUUCAACUUCACGCAGGCUGGUCUCGACGCCUUGACUCAUCAAGUUUUCGGCAACGACCCCACCCCUGUCAAUAUCAUUUUACUGGUCACCGCUCUUGUGGUGGGUAUUGUGCUCGUGGGCUACGUUACGCGCAAGAGUAUGACACUGCAGGAGGAUUUUGUUCGAGAGCAGGCGGACGAGGCGAGGGAGAGAUUGAUGCAGGUCAAUAGACGCCAUAGACACGAAAACUAUGGCACUUCUUAGUUGGAUAUCAAGUUUGAUGAUUGCGCAAUUGGAUGAUGGGUGAUUUGUAUGCAUGGCAUUUGCACGGCGACGCACGGCCUGCGGAGGAAAAGUCUUGUGUGUCUCCAUUUCAGCGAGGCGUUGGUGGGAAGCGUUGAGUGGGAUGUAUCACGAAUCUCGGCAUAUUUGUUC